AUGGUAUGCAAAGGUCACAGAAUUCAAUGCAGGGUCCAUAGUCCUCCCCCUCCAUUCCAAAAGUACCAUCAGUCAGGAGAUCUCAUCCUUGGUGGCAUUGCUUCUCAAGCUCGCUUUGUGUCCCCCUCAAUAACCUUCACUGAAGAACCUCCUCCAGCAUUACUGGAAGAGCUUGUCAUGGUGCCUAAGAACUACCAGCACAUCCUGGCCUUGGUGUUUGCAGUAAAGGAGAUCAAUGAAAAUCCACAGCUCUUACCCAAUGUCACUUUGGGCUUUCACAUUUAUGACAGCUAUUUAAGUGCAAAGUGGACCUAUCAUGCCACUUUGCUACUUACAUCCACUCUGGAGAGAUUUGUUCCCAAUUACAGAUGUGGUGUCCAGAAUAGUCUGAUAGCAGUCAUUGGGGGACUGGACUCUGAAAUCUCCCUUCACAUCGCAACUAUCUUGGAUGUCUAUAAGAUUCCACAGCUCAUAUAUGGCUCUGCUCCAGUGAUGAAUGAUAAAACUCCAGGUCUUCCUUUCUACCAGAUGGCACCUCAGGAAGAGCAACAAUAUGUGGGGAUUCUCUCUUUGCUGCUACAUUUUAAAUGGACAUGGAUUGGGGUUGUUGUUAUGGGUAAUGACAAUGAAGAAAUGUUUGUUCAUACUGUAGUUCCACUGUUUUCCAAGAAUGGUGUCUGCUUUGCCUUCCUAGAAAGAAUCCCCAGUUAUAGUUAUGUCACAGAGACUAAUACCAUAAUACAACAGGGGGCAAAAAUACGUGAUAAAGUGAUGAGCAGCAAAGCCAAUGUUGUGGUGGCCUAUGGAGAAUCUUAUUCCAUGACCAUUUUAAGAUGGUUUCCAUAUAUAUCAGAACUGGAACACAUACAAAAGAAGCCAAAAGGUUUAGUAUGGAUAGUGACAGCCCAAAUGGAGUUUGCUUCAUUGGCCUAUCAAAGGACUUGGGAUACAGAAUUAUUCCAUGGUACCCUGUCCUUCAACAUGCAUUCCAUUAAUAUACCAGGAUUUUCCCAAUUUGUUGAGAGCACAAACCCUUCUAGAAGUAGAGGAGAUGCUUUCCUCCUAGAUUUCUGGCAACAGGCAUUUGGCUGUGUGUUUCCAAAUGCUGUUGGGGACAAUGCGGAUGGAGAUAUGUGCACAGGGGAGGAGAAGCUGGAGAGCCUUCCUGGGACUUUUUUUGAAAUAACCAUGAUCAGUCACAGCUACAGUAUCUACAACGCUGUCUAUGCUGUGGCUUAUGCAUUACAUGCUAUGUCCUCAUCUACACUCAAACAGAGAGGAAAGAUGGGUGAAAGAGUACUGAAGAUUCAAAAUCAACAGUUCUGGCAGCUCCAUCACUUUCUGGGAGGUAUCUCAUUUAACAACAGUGUGGGUGACAAAGUUUCCCUCAACCAGAAUGGGAAGGUAGUUGCUGGAUUGGAUAUUAUCAACUGGAUUUUUUCCUCAAACCAAUCAUUUUGUCGUGUGAAAGUUGGGAGGGUCAAUCCUGAGGGUUCUGCAGACCAAGCAUUCACCAUCAGUGAGGCUACCAUAACAUGGCACAGCUGGUUUAACCAGUCACGUCCUCUUUCAAUGUGUACUGAGAGUUGCCACCCUGGAUCAAGCAAGAAAGGGAAGGAGGGGGAGCCAUUUUGCUGCUAUGAUUGCACCCCAUGUCCAAAAUGGAAGAUUUCGGAGCAGAACGACAUGAAUGACUGUCACAAAUGCACAGAUGAAAAGUAUCCAAACAAAAACCAAGAUUUCUGUAUUCCUAAGACUGUAAACUUCUUAUCUUAUGAAGACCCUUUAGGGAUCAGUUUGGCUUGUUUUGCUCUUUCCUUUUCUUUGAUCACAAUUCUGGUGCUCAGGACAUUUAUCAAGCACCACAACACUCCCAUCGUCAAAGCCAACAACAGGGAACUCACCUACACUCUCCUAGUCUCCCUCUCCUUCUGCUUCUGUUGUGCAUUGCCAUUCAUUGGGCCACCUCAGAAAGUGAUCUGUCUCCUACGACAAGUUAGUUUUGGCAUGGUUUUCUCAGUAGCUGUGUCUUGUGUGUUAGCAAAAACCAUCACUGUGGUCUUGGCUUUCAUGGCCACCAAGCCGGGAAGCAACAUGAGGAAAUGGAUGGGGAAAAGCUUGGCCACCUCCAUUGUUCUUUGCUGCUCCCUUAUCCAAGCAGGAAUUUGCACUGUUUGGCUGGCACUCUCUCCUCCAUUCCCAGAUGCCGACAUGCACUCCAUGACUGAAGAAAUUAUACUGGGAUGUAAUGAGGGAUCUGUGACCAUGUUUUACUGUGUCCUUGGCUAUAUGGGCUUCUUGGCUAUUGUCAGCUUCACUGUGGCUUUCCUCGCCAGGAAGUUACCAGACAGUUUUAAUGAAGCCAAGUUCAUCACUUUCAGCAUGUUGCUCUUUUGCAGUGUGUGGUUGUCCUUUGUCCCAACUUACCUGAGCACUAAGGGGAAAUACAUGGUAGCUGUGGAGAUCUUCUCCAUCCUAGCUUCCAGCACUGGGCUGUUGGUUUGCAUCUUUUCCCCCAAAUGCUAUGUUAUUGUAUUGAGGCCUGAGCUGAACAACAGGGAACAGCUAAUAAGAAGAAAAGAAUGA